AACGACGUAGCCUUGAGAAUGGGGCCCCUCGGAGUCCGUGCUACAAUGGCGCAGUAGGAUUGAACGGCAUGAGUCGCCACGAACGGAGGAAGCAUUGCUUCUCCGGGUAGCAAUGAUUACAGAUUUUGGUGGACGGGAGGGAGAGCGCAGAUGAUGACGGACCUCGAGUAUCAGAGACUCGGAGACUGGUGAAGCCAUUGUGUAAGGGAGGUCUGGCUUUCACACUCUUGCUCUUCGUCCCGGUCCCAGUCCGGCGUUUGGUGGCGGAGGACGGGCGUCGGGAGACGAAUUUCGCAUGAGACUCGUGCGCAGAGGUUCGAGCUGAAGUGGAGUGAAGUGAAGUGAAGGAUGUGAAUGGACUCAGAGGCAGUGAGGAGCUGAAAGCGGAGGACCAGAUGAAUCGCUUCUGAACUGGACCGGGCUCGAAUCGAUCGAGAUCGGCUCCAAGCCUCUGAACCGCAGCCACAGCGUCAUCAUCGAGGGUAUGGAUGUUUUCUGAUGCGAAGUGCAGAAAAGAGCAGCCAGUGCCAUGACUGGGGGCGCUGGUGCGUGAAGUUGUCGCACGAUGGGAGAUGGCGCUAGCCACGAAUCCAGCUCUUCUGUCGGACCAGCUCCAACACGAGCUGACGCUUUUGCAUCAGCUCGAUCACAACAAGCUCGCAGAACACGGGCAUGAGUUUCUCCAAGACUGCAGGCGGUGUGCCCCUUUCUCCUUCUUCUUCUCCUUCUACUCCUGUGCACUUCCAAGCGCGAUCUUCAGCUGCGCAGCCAUUCCCAAAGCGACGGCUCUCUUCUGAAUUCGAACGACGGAGACGUGGAUUGAGCGAAUGGAGAAGGCCUGGUGGAGGUCGAGGAUGUGGACAGCGACGGCGACGGCGGUGGUGAUCCUGCUGCCGUCGUUCGCGCUGUUGGGGUACAUGGAGAGCGAGCACGCGCUGCUGAGCCAGACCUCGAGCGUGCUCGAGGGCAUCGUCUCCUCCAGCUACGGCUACGCGGCGGGGGCCCUCCCGACCUCCGGCGGCGGCGCGACGGCGGUCGGCCCCGUGCAGGACCUGAUCGCGCGACUGCGGGAGCGGACGCGCCUGGCGCUGGCCUCGUCCGCCGACGAGCCAUACUCCGAAGAGGAGCAGCAGAUCUGGGCCGUCCGGAACCCCUGCGUCGCGCGCGACGCCCUCCCGGCGCGCUACAAGCGGCGCACAUUCGCCCAGGACCCCGCGCCGAACGCGGCCUGGGCCCGGGUCUUCCACGAGUACUCCAACCUGCACCGCGCCUGCACUCGCCGGAUCGGUAACCUGUCGCGCGCCUUCUACUCCGACGCCAGCGACGCGGUGCCGCCGGGAUGCCAAUUCGUGAUCGGCGAGUCGUACACGGGCCUGGGGAACAAGAUGCUGGUGCUGGCGUCGACGCUCAUGUACGCGGUCCUGACCGGGAGGGUGUUGCUGGCGCCGGCGAACACGCUGAUUCCGGCGGUGUUCUGCGAGCCCUUCGAGGGUUCGUCCUGGCGGGUGGACGACGACGGGAUGACGAACCUGAAGGCCGGCGGGCCGUGGACGGAGGUCGCCGGGAGCUUCGGGUGGGUCGACGAGCAGGCGGCGGAGAACGUGAGCCGCCUGCUGACGAGGGUGAAGGUGCACAACGGGUGGCAGCCGGUGAACCGGUUCUACUGCGACUCGGAGCAGGCCUUCCUGUCGCAGGUGCCGUGGAUGCAGAUAGGCGCCUGCUUGCACUUCCUGCCGCGUCUGUUCGCCGUGCCCAAGUUCCGGCCGGUGAUGGAGGCGCUCUUCCCCGACCGCAUGGCGCUGACGCAUCUCCUGCGGUCGGCCCUGCUGCCGUCCGAUGCGGUCUGGGAGCGCGUCCUGAACGUCGAUGAGGUCUACCUGGAGCACACCGAGCGGCAGAUCGGCGUGCAGGUCCGCUACUUCGACCAGCGGAUCCGGGACCGGAUCAACUCGCGGGUGGGGGACUGCUGCCUGGAGAAUGACUUGCUGCCGGCGGUGCAGCCCUUUCCGAGCCCCGCCGCCGCCACCAACGCUAACCAGUCGGCCCCGACGACGGCCAACGUCCGGACGGCUCGGUCCGGUCACCAGCACAGCCGCAUCACCAAAGUGUUCAUCGCCUCGCUGCUGCCGGACGUGCACGACUAUCUGAACCAGCGGUACCUGCGGCAGCGGACGGUGGGCGAGGUCGCGGUCGGGCUCGUGCAGCUGACGCACGAGAGCUCGCAGCGCACGGGGGUCGAGGUGGACAGCGAGGCGCUGGUCGAGAUGCUGUGCCUAAGCUUCUCGGACCACCUUCUGGUCACGCCGCAGUCCACCUUCGGCGGCGUGGCGCAAGCCUACGGCGCUCUCAAACCCUGGUUCAUCAACUACGAUCGGGAUCCGUCCAUUCCUCCGUCCGUCAACUGCCAGAGGGGCCAGUCCGUCGAUGUCUGCUACCAAGGCGGCCCUCGCGGUUACGAUUGCAAGCACGAUCCUGGCCUCAAGGGUCACAAUCUCUUCGACGACCUGCCGUACCUUCAACCUUGCCUCGGCAUCGAUACCUCGGGGAUUCAGAUAAUCACCAGUCAUGACAGUCUCUAGAUCGAAGUCCAUCGUCGCGUAAAAGGACCUCUUCGCCUCCACUUUCCUUCCACAUCGCCGAGGCCUUCAUUCGAGUCAUGAAACCCUCUUCCUCUGCAUUAAUCUAAGUCUAGCAGGAUCAGAUAUCCAUGGCUCCUUGAAUCAAUCAGUAUCGUUUUGUCUAAGGCCGAUACGAGGAGUCAAUGCCAGAUAGGUGUGGGACACUUUUCCCCAAGAGGCCUAAAUUGCUCAGUUGUCAGGUUUAAUGAUCGGAUAUCCAUCUGUGGACGAACAUGCACUAUACAGUACUACCAUUACAUUCGAAGGUCGUGUUGGAAGCAUGCUGUCACUCGCUUCUGGACCUACAAGAGAUGGAUUGCUGUAACCUGCGAAUGCUCUGAUCCUUUCUAGGUUCCGAAAAUUAUCGCUCGUUGCCCAAUCUUCGCUUUAAUCUAUUUUUAGUUCCGAAGGGGCACGUAUUAGAGUUCACUGCACUGUGAGCUCACACCAAAGACAGAGGUUUCUACGGCGACACACUCCGAGGGUUAAGGCUGUUUGGAAGUCAUUGUAAAGAAAUUAUAAAACUAACAAGUAAAUUAAGAUAAUGCAAGAUCCAGCAAAUUUCUUAAUACACACAAUAGUGAUAGAAUUGAGAAGGAGUCCCAAUGCACUAAGGUUUCAGCUGCACUUGCAGGCUAUCAACAAAAACUGCUUCGCACAGGUAAUGGACAUGCAAUGCAGCCUGAAGAAAAUUCAGAUGUCGAUGUGUGCGCGUGAGAGCAAACGCGAAACAAGUACAGAUACCAAUCCAGAAAAGAGGAGAUUCAGCAUGAAAGGACCGGAACUGUAGGGGAAGUGAAACCAGCUACCCGAAGUACUCAGGAAGGGACGUGCAAGCUUUGAUUCUGAGAUUACAAAUAGAAUUCAAAGGCUACAGUCAACGAGGAUCAAGUCGCUCCUGAUCCAGAAAGAGAUAAUAAAAUAUAAUAAUAAACAAUAGAGAUAGAAGGAGUACAAGUACUCAGUACGACUAAGAUUGAAAGGUGUGGCAGUACAUUGAAGCCGCAAGGUACCGCGCAGAUCUUACGUCGAUUGGA